GGUGGAGAAUGUGAAACGUCAAAAUUUUACUCUUUCUCGGAUCUGGCUACUGUAGUCGUCGAAUGGAUAAUGAAAGCAUAAGCAGGUUCUUGGUGCAUGAAGAAGCAGGAAAAAAGACAAACGAACGAAGCAAGGAAGAUUGGUGCACAGACAGAAAGACGGAGAAAAAGUUUGGGGUGCUGCGUGUUGGAAAAGUUUCUUGCUCCCGUUCGAGGAGUGUUUUGACAGAGGGGAUUUUCAAGUGAAAUUUUCGUGGAAAAAGUAGUGAAGAACGUUUGCGAAAAAACCGAAACGGAUCGAAGCGCAGUAGACCUCCGGAGGAAUUCGGCAACCGAGGAGAAAAGGAGUGUUUUUCGUGUGUGAAAGUUUCAGAAACGGUUGUCCCGAUGUGGUUGAAAAAUUGUGGCACUUGGAACGUGGCGUUUGCACAAAACAACUGUGAAAAGUCACCCAAAAAUGCUAACAGCCGCAUCUGAGCUCGAGCAGGAGGAUGUAAGUCCAGACGAUAUUUUGGAGCCACAGCAGCAUCUAGGAGAAAAAUUCAACCUUUUAUCAUCGCGAGAGGAGCAGCUACCAGCAGCGCCAUUGGAUCUCACCAAGCAGCAAGUAGCAAGCGCUGAUCCCGAGCGAUCAGCACCGCGGACCGCGGCCAGCUGGAAGUCGUCAUUCUCACUGUCACCCCUCGGCUGCGGAUGGGGGUUCAAUCGGCAGCAGCAACAACAACAAGAACCAGAACAAGGGCGACAACAGUGGCCCUUGAUUAAAUUGAAGCGACGCUACAAGGAUAAGGAGAACAGUGUUAUUAGGGAUCGGAAAGAACCGGAGGAUAACCGGAAAAGUCCAGAACCGGAAGAAGUACCGACGAAGAAGCGAUCUUUGCUGGAACUGGUAGAAGAAGACAUCCAGCGGCGUUUGAAGGCAAGUAUCUGUGAGGAAAAGUCCAGGAAGCGAAAGUUUGGUUGCCUGAGUUUAGUGAUUGGUGGGCAAUCCGAAGGUAAAAAGAAGAAGAAACAACAGGUGGAAAGUAGUGCAAAAGUUGAAACCCCGGUUUUAGAGGAGAAACCGAAGCAGACGGUGCUCAGUCAAGAGUCGACUGGGAAGAGCAGGCUCUCAUCGUCACAGCAGAUCGAUUGGGAGCAGGUGGAAGCCAUAAACGUUGAGGAUUCAUCGGACGAACAAAAACAACCGGAACAACCCGUUGAGCCGGUGCGCAACAAAUUCGUUAGUGAUUUUGACUUGCUGUUUGAAGAUAACAAGCCCAAGUCUUCAGGGUCUGAAGUGGCAGUAGAUUCAGCUUUCGAUAUCGAUUCCUGGUUGGAAGAUACCCGGGUUAAACCACCGAUUAAGACCUACAGCGGUUGUUCCAGCUCGCGGCUUUCUUUGUCCAAAAAUUUCCAACAGCAACAGAAUCCAUUGCACGCGUUGAAUUCUCCUCUGCCUCUGACGUCAACCGCAUCGGACAAAGCUUCGCCACUAGAUAAACUCGUAUCGGGAGGUGGUGAGGACGACAUGUCCAUUCACCAUCAACAGCGCUACAAUCUACCGUCGUCGUACAACAGUAGCGUUAACUGUCAGCAGGACUUUGUGCCGGUCUCCUCUCUCCUGCUACUGGCGGAGGAGCCGCAAACAAUGUCCAGUCAUCCCCACUACACCCGUAGUAAGGUCACCUCGAUGCAGAGCAGUCGUCUGCCGCUGAACUCUGCCACGGAUAUGGCCAUCACGGCGUCACUAAAUGAACUUCCUCGAAGCAAGGUGAGCAGCCUGCAAGGUCGAGUUGACACGGGCACUGCAACGGAGCUGGCAAUUGCCCAAUCCUUAAGCGAAGACCAGCAGAACCUACUGAACUCCGUGGCUGCGCCGACAACUCCCGCGACCAUAGCCGCUGCCGCCAACAUGAACAAUUCGUUGGCCACCUUGUGUAACAUUGGUAACUCGUGUUACCUCAAUUCGGUCCUUUACACGCUCCGAUUUGCACCGAACUUUAUCCACAACCUGCACCACCUGAUCGUAGACACGGAGAGCGUCUACCAGAGGCUAAACCAAAACAAGCUAAAAUCCUCCUCCCUCGGGCGGAACAUUCCCGGACUGCACAACCCAAGCGGACGCAGUUGGAGCAGUAAAGAUCUGGCAUCACUCGGAAGCUCCACCACCACCACGAACUCCUCCUCAUCCGCUGGUUCGGGCGGCUCGGCCGCCGUAGGUGUCAACGGAACCAGCGUAAGUGGCAUCACGCCACUGUCCCGCGAAGAAAACCUUCCCCCGAAGAGCAACCGGCAGGUGGUGACCGAACAGCUGCACGAGCUGUUCCAGAACCUGCACCGGAACGAGGACAUCGAAACGGUUGAACCGUUUCACGCCGGAAGUAUUCUGCGCGCCGUGCAGGACGUCAGCGCGACGUUCGAGGGCAACCAGCAGCAGGAUGCGCACGAGUUUCUGAUGUGCGUGCUGGACAGCAUACGGGAGUCGUGCCAGGCGCUGAUCCGGACCAUCACCGACCAUCCGGAUGUGCUGAUUAGUGCAUGCCCCGCCGUUCCGGAAUGCAUAGAAACGUACGCCCCGGAGCCGAAAAGCAGCAGUACAGUGUGGUCCUUCCGCUGGCGGAAGGACUCGGUAAAAACGGCAAAAUCGGCAACCAACGGUGGCGGCGCCGGCGGCAUCGGUGGCGGAAGAAGCGGAGCUACAACCCUGCCGAAAGCCGCCGGAACUGGCGGCGGUGGAGGAGGGGGUGGAGGCGAUGCAUCCGAUCCGCUGGCGGCCCUGUUUGGCAAGACGUCUUCCGCGAUGGACGAACAGCUGGUACGGGAACGGUUACAGGCGCUCGGGUUGGACUUUUUUCGGGACGAUUUCGAGGGCGUUACCGUGGCCAAGACCAAGUGCUUGACGUGCGAGACCUGCACCGAGCAGAAGGAGACCAUGAUCGACAUCGCGAUUCCGAUCGCGUCCAGCGAGGUGUCCGAUGCGGCCAAAAACCCACAACUGUUCUACCAGAACUCGUGCAUAACGCGGGAGUACUUUCGCGGGGACAAUAAGUACCGGUGCGAGGAGUGUUGCGGCUACCGGGAAGCGAUCCGGUCGAUUUCGUUCGAGGUGCUCCCGAGGCAGCUGAUUCUCCAGCUGAAGCGCUUCAACGGGGACAUGGAGAAGAUCAACAGCUACAUUCCGACGCCGUUUGUGCUGCGGUGCUUCUGUAAUACGUGUUUGCCAAAGCAGGACUGUGAUAAGCCGCACAUCUACCGGUUGUACAGUGUGAUAACGCAUGUGGGCGCGCGGAUGUCGGUGGGGCACUACAUUGCCUAUACCAGCUCGCUGGAUGUGCACGCCGAGUAUCUGGGCUGUGGGAAGGAUCGACGGAAGCAGCUGUUCCUGUCGGGGGGCUCGCUGGAUGGGCUGGCAGGGGGGAGUGUGGGUGGUGGCAGUGUGGGAAGUGUUUCGUCGGUGAAGAGCAACAGUGAAAAGGGCAUCAAGAAGUUCUUUGGCGGUAAAAAGGCCUCUAGUGCGGGUGAUAUGAGCAAGAAGAGCAAAGGCAUUGCGGUCAACAAAAUGAUCAACGGAAUAGAGGGUCUCAAUCUAAUCAACGGUUCCAGUGCGGGAAGCAACAAUACGGCCUCAUUCGGUUCGCACUCGGGAAGCAAUAGUCCCAACAGCAACGGGACUCCAACCGGUUCCCUGGCCAGCCGGAUACCGUGCGCCGGUCUCAAUUGUUGCGGAAUUCACCCGAAAAAUAGUCAUCUUAGUUCGUACGGUAGCGGUAAUGGCAAUAGUUUUAAUAAUUCAGCAGCGGACAACGGCGUCAACGGUGGCGGCGGGAUCCUACUGGAUUCCGGCGGUUCCGCCGUCAACUCGGUCGAAAGUCACAUGAACUACAUCAACUCGAUGGCGAAUGGGCUGUCGUCGUCGUCCUCCGGACCGAGUGGCGCUGCCGCGCCCACGACCCUGGCCGCGUUCGAGCAGAGUCUAAGUCAACAGCUGUGGCACAUGUGCGACGAUGAUAAAAUCAAAAUCAUGUCCCAGGCGGAGUUCGAGGAGUUGCUGUCGCCGAACCGGAGGCACGUGAUAACGCCAUAUCUGCUGUUCUACGCGCGGUACGAUUUGGCCCCGGCGGGCCAAAGUGGCUGUCAGAAGGAGCUGGAUGGUGGCGGAGGACCAACGUGUGGGGUGAUGAUUGACUAAUGACGGGCCGCAUCUUGGUGGGCUACGACGGUAGGUGUGCAGCAGAAGCUGUUAGUUUUUGUAGUAAUUCGCGAGAUAUAGUUCUAUAAUAUCUAUUCAGGAAAGGGAGCGAAGCAUACGCGGUUCACCGGUUUAGGCUAUAUGUUCAUAAUUUGUUGUGUUGGUGUUUUGAUUCAGUUUCCGAGCAUAUCGUUUUCGGCAAUGUCAGAUUUAAAAUUUUCGGUGUAAUUUAUUACGUGGUGGAGUGUCCGCGACAAUAUGUAUGUUAAUGUUAUGGUGUAUGAAAUGUGCAAAAUACACAGCCUUCGUAAACGUAAGCAGAACCUUUAGUUCCUUAAUUCCACGGUACAAGAACAGCUUUACUUCCUGACGGGUUUCCGAACACCGGAACAUACCUAACAUGGCCAGUUAGAUACCCGUCUAACCGCCUCAUUCAAACUUUCUCCAGAUAUUUCGUCAACAAUUUUUGUGGGGUUUUCCCUAAACUUUCUCCAGGUAUUUCUACAGGAAUUUCUCCCGGGACAUUUGCCUGGGAUUUUCAUAGGAUAUCUCUGGAAUUCCUUAGAGAUAGCUUCAGGAAUUCCUACUGCGAUUUCUGUCGGCGUUUCUUUCGGGAUUUCUCUUAGAGAUUAUCCGAUGCUCCUCCCGUGAUUCCCGAGUUUACCCGUGGACUUCUGUAGUAGUUACUACUGAUUUUUUUCCCAUUUCCGAAAUUUCUUCUGAAAUUCUUCUCAAGAGCUCUUGCCAAAAUUUCUUCCAAAGGUUUUCGAAGUUCUUUCUGGGAGUUUUGUUUGCGAUGAUCGUCCUGGAAAUAUUCUCAAUGGAUUUCCCUCCAGAAUUAUCCACCGGACUGCCAGAAGAAAUCCCGGAAUGAAUUCUUGUAGAAUCCCGGGAGUUGUCAUGGGAAUUACUAUUGAUAUUUCUCAUGGAGUUCUUCACAAGAUAUCGUCCAAAAGUUUUUCUGGAAUUUCUCUUGAAGUCCUGCGGUUUUUAGAGGUGACCCUCCUGGUAUUACUGUUAAAGGCUUUCUCGAGAUUCCUCUCAAACUUCGGACUCCCAUAUUCCAUCCAGGGACUCCUCUUGAGAUUUCAUCGAGAAUGCCUGCCUGAACAUCUUAUCAAGUCCCUUGAUAGACGAAAUUUCUCACGGAACUCAGUAGGAGCUUUCCCGGAAAUACUCGCAGAUUUUGUUUAACGGCAUUUUACCUGAUCUUUCUCCCGUAUAACUACGGAGUUCCAUGUGAAAAUUCCCGUAAAGAAUAUUGGAUGAAUUCCGGGAGAAACAAUAGCAGAAAUCUCGGUAGAACUUCCGGAAGGUACUCGGUGGACAUUAGACCGGCCCAAAUACAAAAAUGUCGAAAAAUUCCACGGGGCACCCUCUAGAAUCGUGCCUUUGGAUGAGAAGAACAAUCUGUGAAAGAUUCAGCUCAAUCGGUUUAAAACUGAGCUGGCGCAAAUGAGUUGAAGGUUUGUAUGGGAUUUUCAGCCCAAAUAUAUCGGAAAUGGGAUGACCUCCAGUCUCUCACUCAGUAUGCCAGUUCAGCGAGUUCGAUUUAGCUCAGAAUUGGAAGAAUGGUAGUUGAUACCCUAAGGAACAACUUUGUAGAAGACCAUAUCAUGAUAAAACUUAAUAUAGUUUUGGUUUCAGCUAACGAAAGCAGGAUGAGGACAUCUUCCCCUGUUUACUCUCGGUUGUUACAUGCAGCACGUGUUUGCUGUUCGAAACUUGCGCUCAACAUCAUAGGCGGCUAUGUUGUCCUUCAUUUCAAUUGCUCACGCACGUGGGCGGGUAUCGAAACAAUGAAGAAUUACAUAGCUGCCUAUGAUGUAGUGCGCAAGCUUCGACCGACAAACACGUGCUGCAUGUAACAACCGAGAGUAAACAGGAGAAGAUGUCCUCAUCCUGCUUUUGUUAGCUGAAACCGCAACUAUAUUAAGGUUUAUCAUGAUAUGGUCUUCUACAAAGUGGUCCCUCGGGUAUCAACUACCAUUCUUUCAAUUCUGAGCUAAAUCGAACUCGCUGAACCGGCGUACUGAGUGAGAGACUAGAGGUCAUCCAAUUUCCCAUAUAUUUAGACUGAAAAUCCUAUACAAACCUUCAACUCAUUUGCGCCAGCUCAGUUUUAAACCGAUCGAGCUGAAUCUUUUACAGAUUGUUCUUCUCAUCCAAAGGCACGAUUCUAGAGGGUGCCCCGUAAUUUUUUCUAACUUUUCUUUCUCGCCAUACAAAUGUGGGCCGGUCUAGUGGACAUCCCUGGAAAACUUCUGGUAGUUAUCUUCGAGGAAAGGGUUAAGUAACUUUCUGAAGUAAGUCCUGAAAGAGAUCCUGAAUCUUAAAAGAAAUCCUGAUCAUGCUAUUGCUAGGCUCUCUCAAAAACCAGAGAUAGCUAAACCGCAAAAUCAGUGAAAUAUCUCUGGAAUACCUAGUUCUGGAAUGUCUGACAAUGUUUCCUCAUCUGACAUGUGUCAAAUCCGUGAAAGUUAGGUAGUUGCCCGUAUUAAGCAAUCCAUAACAUGCAUGCCUUUACUACUUAAGCCUUUGGAUGUUAUCGACAUAAGAGUCACGCGCAAACACCACCCAAGUAACAUUUUUGACUCAAACAGACUAGAAUAGGUUCUCAGAACCAUCAUAAUCCCAAAAUGAAAGAUGUUAAGUUUUAAGAUUGUCCUCAAAACCUCUACAAGAUCGAUUGGUCAUCAAACUGUUACAUAGGAGGUGUGGUCACGGUUGCGUUAUUGACAAGCAUACAUAAAUACUCGAGGCAUGACACCCAAGUUUAUCUUCUAAUUUUUAUCAAGAACACAGGGUUCCCAAGGUUACAGACGGAAAAGUUCUCGCUCGUCGUCAAAAAGUGAUCCUGAUAAGAUGGGCAUUCAUUCGGUUUUCCAAAUGCUUAUGAACUCCUCUGUACUUACAUCGAAAUUGCCCUAACAGUAUUUUUGGAAGUAGGUUUUCUUUUCAGUCCUAAAAGUCGCUAGACAUGAAAUCCACCGUUCCGAUUUGAGUUUUUUCUUCCAGUUUCAGUAAGUUGUCAAAUAGAGACAGUAGAAACGUUAAAACUGAUGCUGUCGUCUCAUUUUUCGUACUUUACUAGAUCCCUCGUCGCAUCUAACACAACAUCAAAUCCAUAUGUUUCAUGAUUACAGAAUUAAAAUAGCCACCAAAUAGUCGAGAAAAAUGAAAAAAAAAACGAAAUCAUCAGUAAGAAUUCACAAAAAAAAAAUGAAACCUACACUGAGUAUAUAAAGCAGAGCAACAAAACUAGCCGAACCUGUAUACAAUCCCGCUGCAUACAAAAAACCGGAAACUGGGCUUAAAUAGGGAACCCCGCUGUAGUAAAACAGGAAAAUUAUAGCUUAUACACAUCCCAGAAAUAGCGAAAAAACAUGGAAAAAGAGCGUAAACUUCCACUUUAGGCAACAACGCAACAUAACCUCAAAAGUGUCCCAUUCUAAACUGAACAGAACAAGAAAGAGAGAGACACUCAACACACAAACAGCAAACCUUCAGUACAUAUAAGAGCUUCUAAACGCAAAACAAAACAAAAAAACAGAGACGAGGAUGCGAUCUUCCUACUGCCCUGCCAAUUCUUAACCUAAUAGAAUGAGAAUGCAAAGCUCCUUGAUUUGGCUUCUUUUCUCAGUUAACUUUCGGACAAUUGGAAGUACAUAACGACGGAUCUUGAAAAGAAAAAGCAACUCUUUUGGCAAUUGACAGACCUCAAUCCACCUUUCCAAGGGAUCGAUAAAACCUGCCAUAGAACCAUAACUUUACCAUAACAGUUAUGGUAAAAUCAUUCAAAAAUUAUGGAACGAAUCGUGUUAACCAUAUCGUGAAUGGUGGAAACCGUACAGUGAAUGGUGGAAACCGUACAGUAAAUGGUGAAAACCAUACCGUGAAGGGUAAUUUGCUAUUGUGCGGGGAUACUGAAAACUAAAUCUGACCUUACAGCAUUACAAUACAGCUUAUUGUGGUUACUAUACGAAGCACAAUACAACGACAAUGUAACAAAUGGUUAUUCACCAUACAACGUAUCGUGAAUUAAUGUUUUACAAUCUAAUAGAGAUUCGUAUUCGAGGACUUGAGAAAAUAUUUCGGCCCGGGGUAAUCGAGUCAUCCAGAUAAUCGAGCCAUUUCCAGAAGAAUCUCCUGGAACAUGUAUGGAAGGAAUUCAAGACAGAUUCCCAGGAGGAACACCUGGAGAAUUUUCAGGAAACACUCGAAAGAUUCUAAAUAGUAACUCCUUUAGGAUUCCCAGGAGAAUUUCUAGCCGAAACACCUGGUAGAUUCUCAGAAACAGAAUAACAAAAAGAGAUCCUGGGGGAUUCCCACAAAGAACUUCUGGAAGAAUUCUAGAUUGAGCUCAAGGAGGAUUCCCAAAAGAAACUCCUGGAGAAUUUCCAGAAGAAACUCCAGGAAGAUUCCCAGAAGGAAUUCGAGGAGAGUUCCCAGUAGGAGCAUCUGUAGUAUUUUCAGGAGAAACUCUUUGAAGGUUCUAUGUACUAACUCCUUUAGGAUUCCCAAAAGGAACUCCUGGAAAAUUUAUAGAAGAAACACCUGGUGGAUUCACAGAAAACGCUCUUGGAAGAUAAUCAGAAGCAAUUCGUGGAAGAAACUUAAAAAGAACUUCAUGAGAAUUCCUGGAUUGAGCUCCUGGAGGAUUCUCAAAAGGAACUCUUGGAGUAUUUCCAGAAGGAACUCUUGGAGGAAUUCCCAGAAGAAAUUCAAGAAGUGUUCCCAGGAGGAACGUCUGUGGUAUUUUCAAGAGAAACUCUUUCAAGAUUCUAAGUAGUAACUUCUGGAGGAUUCCAGGAAGGAACUCUAGGAAGAUUUGUAGAAGGAAUACCUGGAAUAAUUCCAAAAAGAACUCCAGGAGCAUUUCCACAACGAACUGCUGGAGGAUAAGCAGAAGGAGCUCCUCGAGGAUUCCCAAAAGGAACUCGUGGAGGAUUUUCAGAAGAAACUCCAGGGAGAUUCCCAGAAGAAAUUCCAAGACGGUUCCUAGGAGGAACUCCUGGAACAAACUCUUUAAACAUUAUAAAUAGUAACUCCUUGAGGAUUAUCAGAACGAACUCCUGGAGGAUUUCCUAGUAGAUUCGCAGAAAACACUCUUGGAAGAUUUAUAGAAGGAACUCCUGGAAGAAUUUCAAAAAGAACUCCAGUAGGAUUCCCACAAAGGACUACUGGAGGAUUUCUAGAUUGAGCUCCUGGGGGAUUCUCAAAAAGAACUCUUGGAGAAUUUCCAGAAGAAACCCCAGGAAGAUUGCCAGGAGGAAUUCAAGAUGGGUUCUCAGGAGGAACGCCUGAAGAAUUAUCAAGAGAAACUCUUUAAAGAUUCGUAGUAGUAACUCCUUGAAGAUUCCCAGAAGGGAUUUCUGGAAGAUAUUAACGAUAAACAUAUCAUGGAUGCCAAGAAAACAUUCCUGGCAGAUUUAUAAAAUGAACCCCAGGAGGAUUUCUACAAAGAACUUCUGAAGGAUUUCCAGAUUGAGCUCCUGGAGGAUUCCCGGAAGGAACACUUGGAGGAUUUCCAGAAGUAACUCUACAAAGUUUCCCAGAAGGAAUUCAAGGAGAGUUCCCAGGAGGAACUCCUGAUUUCUAGAAGAAACACUCGAUGGAUUCUGAGAAAACACUCCUGAAUGAUUUAUAGAAGGAACUCGUGGGAGAAUUCCAAAACGAACUACUGGAGGAUUCCUGGUUUUAGCUUCGGGAGGAUUCCCAAAAGGAAUUCUUGGAGAAUUCCCAGAAGGAACUCUUGGAGGAAUUCCCAGGAGGAAUUCAAAGAGAGUCCCUAGGAGGAAUACCUGGAGAAAUUCCAAGAGAAACUCUUUGAAGAUUCUAAAUAGUAACUCUAUGAGGACUCUCAGAAGGAACUCCUGGUAGACUUAUAGAAGGAACACCUGAUGGAUUCCCAGAAAACAAUCUUGGAAGAUAAUAGAACUCCUGGAAGAAUUUCAAAAGGAAUUCCAGGAGAAUUCCCACAAUGAACUCCUGGGGGAUUUCUAGAAGGAGCUUUUGUAGGAUUCCCGAAAGAAUUUCAUGGAUGAUUCCCAGAAGAAACUCCAGGAAGAUUCACAGAGGGAAGGAGUUCCCACUCGAAAGAUCCAAACUCCCAAACUCGAAAGAUUCUUAGUGGUAGCUCCUGAAGGAAUCCCAGAUGGAUCCGCUGGACGAAUUCCCGAAGAAUUUUAAGAAAGAAGGGAAUCCAUGAAGAAUUCGUAAUGGAACUUCUGCUGGAAUCUGAGAAAAUCUUUUGAAUGAGUCUCAGGAUGAUCUUCUGAGAGGAUCCUGAAGGAACUCCUGAUGAAAUCUCCACAGACAAAUUUGAAAGAAUUUCAGAAAAAAAUAAUCUUGGAAGAACUCCGUAGGAACUGAUUGAAGAAAACUCCUGGAGGAAUUACAGAAAGAGCGUUUAGGUGAAUCUCAGCAAAAACUCCAGGAGGAAUUGCAAGAGAAAAUAUUGGGUAUAACCCAGUCAGGAAUUCCGUUUCCUGGUGGAACUCAUAAAGGAAUUCCCGUAGAACCUCCAAGAGGACUUUGUGCAGGAGGCCAUCUGGGAUAAUUCUAGAAGGAACUUUCAUAGAUAUCCCAGGGGUCAGGAACUCUUUACUUCACUACUUCACUAAAGUGUUAGAAAGUUUUAGUAAAACAUUUAUACUUUUAGAUAUCCCAACGAAAACUUCUCAUCGAAUUCCAAAAGGUGAAUCUCACGAGAUUACCUAGAGGAAUACUAGAAACCUUCUCUUGGAGGAAUGUCAGAAGAAACCCCAGUGAGCCUAAGAGUAGUUCUGGAGGAACUCCAAGAGAUUACACAGAAAAAUCCCAUCAGAUUUCCUAAAACUAUCCCAGAAAGAAGCAUCAAAAAUAAUCCGUGAAGAAAUCUGGAGGUAUUUCAGAUGAAACGCCUGGUGGAUCUUCUGGGAUUAACUGUGAAACCCCUAGAAGAAAGCUGGAGGAACUUUAAGAAAUGCGAAAUUCAGACAAGACCAACUAGAACUAGAGGUAUUUUAGAAAGAACCAUACAAGGAAUCCCAAAGAAAAAAAAGUUCUGCUGAAAUUCCUGAAGAUUAUCAAGAAGAAUCCCAUAAGAUUACCUUAAGGCAUCUAAAAGCAACUGUAACAGAAAUUAAUGGAAAACUUUAUUUAUUUAUUUAUUUUUUUUUUUUUUAUAUUUCAACUCCUUAGAAACUACGGAAGGCAUUCAAAAGAAACAUACGAGUCGAUUCCAGAAGCAACCUUUGCGGGAAUCUCAGAUGGUACUCCAUGAGGAAUUCCAUAAAACUAAGCUUCUCAGCGUAUUGCAAGUGAUAGUCAAGCAUAAUCGUACAAGAUUACCUAGAAGAGGAAUUCCUGAAACAUUCUUGGAAGAAUUCCAGAAGGUAUGCAUUGAGGAAUUCUUGAAGUACUUGUUGUGAAAUUCAUAGAAAUUCCAAUAAAACAAAUCCAUGAGAUUAUGUAAAAGAAUCCAGAAGACUCUACUUGAGGAAAUCCCCACUAAAAUACUGUCCAAGCGGAAUCAUCUACUGAGGAUCUCUGGAGAUGUAUCUCCAGAAUCUUUCUUGAAAAAAUUCCACAUGGAAUCCGUUGAGUAAUCCCAAAAGAACUUGUGGACGAAUCUCUUAAGAUUGACUUAAAAAAUCUCAAGAUAUUUCCUAAAGUUAUCUCAGAAGAAACUCCUACGAAAGUUCUAGGAGGAAUUCUCCCAGAAUUCUCGUCAGAAUCCUCUCAGGAUUCUCGUCAAAAUCCUUUCAGAAUUCUUGUCAGAACGCUUUGGGUCGCCAAUCCGGAGACGAAUCCCAGUACAACUUCAUGCAAUAGCAAACAAAGAAAGCUUUUCAAUCAAACAUUGUAGAAGUGCUGCAUAAAACACAUAGUUGAAGGUUCUUUUAUAAAAACUACCAUUGAUUUACGAUAAACUCUAUUGUUCAACAACAAACCGCAGACAAACCAUAUUGUGUACGUAUUUUCUGAUUUUUGUUCCAGAAUGUUUUUGAAUUGUUACAUAUAACAAUCCCCGUAUACUUUGGUAAAAGUGGAAUUUACCAUAAACGUUAUGGUAGAAAACCAUAGAGUGUAUUGUUGCUCUAUCGUUUCAAACAUUUGAAUCAAUGGUAGGUCCCUUUCACUUUAAAAUAUUGAUUGUAACAAUAUAUUCUGUUGUAAUUUUAUUACCGUUUUUAUCAGGGGUGGCAGAGCAAGUUCUAGUCACAAUAAACUGUAUCGUAAUGUUACAAUACUCUAUAUGUUCUCAUUGGGCAAAAAGACAAACGGCUGUAUGCAUUAUUCAGGUGUUUCUUUCUAGUUUUAAAUUGUUUUCAGGAUUAGGUCACUUUUCCCUUGUCAAUAAACAUUUUUCAAAGGUCUUCAAAAAUGUAGAUCGUCGCGCCAGUUGUCAAAAAGAGGAUGCUAAAAUACAAUAAAAGAGCGAGAAAAUGGGUUCCCUUUUAUCCGUACUUCCAAUUGACCAGCUUUAUUCUGUAUCCUUUUGAAAGCUCUUGGAUGAUUACAGAUUAGAGAGAUUGAUACUUACAAACGGUAGUCAACAGUUUUGUCACAUAACAGACUAAAACAGGAAACUGGCAACUCUGUGAUUGUUCGAAAGCCGAUGUAUGGUCGACAUAAAACUCUAUGGGGUCUAUUGAGUAAGUCGGCCCUCAAUGUCGACUCUGUGACCACAGUAUUCGAAACAAGUCAGUAGUAGGGCUUCCGAUUAAACCAACGAAAUAGAGCUCGUAACCGUUCGCUAUGUCGACCUGGUUGCCAGUUUUCUCGAUAUGCAAUCAUCGCCGUUCUUGACUAGAAUUAAGUUGAAAUGUCGUCAAGAUCCAUCGAGCUCUUGGAUCGUCUACUUUGCAGAAAUUAUUAGUACUCUUUUUUUUAAGGCAUUCGACCAGUAUCUGUGAUCAUUGUUCCCUGCUUGUAUUAAUUUUAAUUGUGUACAUUAUUCGCACCUAACGCAAGUAUUACACUAAAAUUCCCUCCAAAAUAGUCGGAAAAGGGAAGCGUUGGAUGCUUUCGAUCGCCGUAUAAAAUCCCAAAAAUCUUCCAAUCUACCGGCGUUACUGUUUUACACAUACACACACAUUAACACUGAAAACACACUUACACCAUCAAAUACGCAUGUAAACACACACACACACAUACACACUCAUUUCGAAUUAACACGUAUACAAAGCAAGAAAGUAACAACAAAGCAAGCCGCCGCCGUGUAAAUAGGAGCUUCUUUUAUCUCGGUUUUCCUUUUCCGUCGAAAAAAAACAACAACUUUUAUUAUCUAAUUGUAUUAUCGUAGAGUAGGAGUGCGUUUAGAUAUGGACAGAAAAAUUUCCGAAGAAGAAACCGCGACGAAGAGAAUGAUGAUAUUACACAAUAGACGGACGGACGGACAGACCGAUAGGUGAUGAACAAUAGACAGACAGAGAGAGAGAGGAAAACGUACGAACACGCUAAAAACACAGGUGUUUUAAAACCCAGUUAAUUUUUCGUUUUGUGAAACUAACCAAUUCUAGUGUUAGACGACGGUCGAACAAUUAGCUGUAAGGAAACUUAACAGAUGCAAGAGAGAGAGAGAUCAGAAGAAGCAGAGAGAAAGCGAGAGAGUCAACGCAGAAAGAUUUAAACACUGUUGUACAUAGUUAAGCAUUAGAGAGGUAUUUAUCGAAAAGUUACUGCUGUGUGAAAAGAUAUUCUUAGAAAGAGAGAGAGAGAAAGCAACUGUGGCCGAAGGUAUUUUUUAGACGACUGAUAGUUUUUUUAGUUGUGUUGUUUCCAGAACCUACCAGCAUCCCAAAUACAUUUAAAAAUGGAAUGAACAAAAAAAUCAGAGAUUAGAGACAUAGUCACAACAACAACAACAACACAUUCAGCAGCUGUUACACUGCGCUGGUGCGCGGCGUAUGCAUACUCUUACCAGGCAGCGCAGUAUUCCGCCGGGCAAUGAAACUUGAAAGAAUUCCAUUACCCAUCAUACAAAAACAGUAAAUUAAACAAAAACACUUGGUAAACAAACUAGAACAAAACUAGGAACGAUUUGGGUUGCGACUUUGGGAAGCUUCAGAUUGUAUAGUUCAAGGCUCUAGGAAGAAGAAAUAAAAAAAACGAUGGCUCAGGGAGCCGUCGGGAUACAAGGCACAGACAGGUGCGAGAGAGGGAGAAAGAAACAAUGUGCAGUGCAACGCUACUAUAAAGGAAAAGAGGACAAUUAUGAUUAUAGUAUCAUAUGUAAUGAAAUCAAUAAAAACACUGGAAACAGUAACAUGAAGAAAUAACAAA